AUGGCCCAGUCGUCUGAUGGUCCCAGCAAGCCUUUUGUUUUUUCUUUUUCGACAGCGUUGCCGAUUCCAGAUCCCUGA